CUGCAACGACGAAAGAGAAAAUGUUUGCAAGGACCACAGCAAAGUACGUAGAGGAAAAGGACCGUGGUCCUCAACAACUGGAAGAUCUUUGGCUGCAGCCUUAUGUUGUGUUGCACAGAACCUCAGUGAAGCGAUUCGGCCUGAACAGCAGGAGCAGGAGCGCAUUCGCAUUAAAAAGGAAGAUGUGGGCAAAGAGGUCCACCACUUGAAUGAACAAAUGGAGCAGACAUUUCUUUGCGCUAUAAAAGAGGAGGAAGAGCCAGAGCUGCCUUGUAUUAAAGAGGAGAGAGAAGACUCUUGCAACAUUAAAGAGGAGGGAGAAGACUCCUAUGACAUUAAAAAGGAGGAAGAAGAGGAGGAGAUUUGCAAGGUGCCAUUGACUGGUGUACCUGUGACGAGUUUAGAUGAGGGUCAACAUGAAAUGAGCAAAGUGGCGGAGCCUCCAAACUGCAGUUCAAGUCAACAAAUGACCAGAGAAGACCUCAGUGAACAGCAGGAGCAAGAGCGCAUUCACAUUAAAAAGGAAGAUGAGAGCAAAGAGGUCCACCACUUGAACGAACAAAUGGAGCAGACAAUUCUUUGCGCUAUAAAAGAGGAGGAAGAGCCAGAGCUGCCUUGUAAUAAAGAGGAGAGAGAAGACUCCUGCGACAUUAAAGAGGAGGGAGAAGACUCCUGUGACAUUAAAAAGGAGGAAGAAGAGGAGGAGAUCUGCAAGGUGCCAUUGACUGGUGUACCUGUGACGAGUUCAGAUGAGGGUCGACAUGAAAUGAGCAAAGCGAAGGAGAAACGGUUUUCCUGCUCAGUUUGUGGCCAAAGAUUCUCUAAUAGGGGACAUUUAAACACGCACACUAGAAUCCACACUGGCGAGAAACCUUUUUCAUGCUCAAUUUGUGGCAAAAGAUUCUCUCACAGGGGACAUUUAAAUAAGCACACAAGAACCCACACUGGCGAGAAACCUUAUUCAUGCUCAAUUUGUGGCAAAAUAUUCUCUGCCAAUGGAAACUUAAAAAAGCACACACAAAUCCACACUGGUGAGAAACCUUUUUCAUGCUCAGUUUGUGGCAAAAGAUUUCCUGCGAAGAGAUCUCUAACAAGUCAUACAAGAACCCACACUGGUGAGAAACCUUUUCCAUGCUCAGUUUGUGGCAAAAGAUUCAAUGACAAGGAAUACUUAAAAAAGCACACAAGAAUCCACACUGGUGAGAAGCCUUUUUCAUGCCCAGUUUGUGGCAAAAGAUUUUCUGUGAAGGGAUAUCUCCCACUUCAUAUAAAACUUCACGCUGGUGAAAAACCUUUUUCAUGCACAGUUUGUGGCAGAAAAUUCUCUCUGAAGGGAACCUUAAAAACUCAUACAAGAAUCCACACCCGGUUGCCUGGUCAGUCACCUGCCAAAGAGUCUAUUGAGAAUUCCUAGUGGGUUGGGGAGAUGAGCUAUGAUCCGUGAAGUUUUCACCUUCCGUUUGAGCGGACUUCAUGAGUUUUUGCAUCGAUGAUAAUUCAAUUCAAAGUACCUUUUGAUUGGGAUGCUGAGGUCCUUCACCACUGUUCUGAUUUUGGUUGUAAUGAAUUUGAAAAUAAAGUGAACCGGCCUGGGGAUGAUAAUA